GCCUCUUUGAUUCAGCCAUUGACAGACCUCCUUCGAGGGAAUAACAAGUCCAUAGAACUUGACGCGUCUGCUCGAAAUGCUUUUACCCAGAUUAAAAAAGCUAUUGCGAAUGCCACACUUCUGAUGUAUCAGGAUCCAACGGCACCGUUAAGUAUCUCGGUUGAUGCAUCAAACACUGCAAUCGGCGCAGUUCUACAACAGCUAGUUGACAAUGAGUGGCAACCACUCGCCUUUUUCUCGAGGCGCCUUCAAUUAGCUGAAACGAAGUACAGCACAUUCGGCAGAGAACUUCUGGCUAUGUACUGUGCUAUACGACAUUUUAGACAUUCGGUAGAGGGUCGUGAAUUCAUAAUUUUUACGGAUCACAAACCUCUGACGUACUCUCUGAACUCACCUUCAGAUAAGUAUUCACCCAGGGAAUCACGACAACUGGAUUACGUCUCACAGUUUACAUCAGAUAUUCGCCAUGUAUCCGGAGUAAACAACACUGUGGCAGAUGCCUUGUCGCGCGUUUGUUCCCUCACCCAAAUCGACGGCAUAGACCUUGUAAAACUGGCUCGUCUUCAAAAAGAAGAUACCGAGCUUCAACAUGAGUUGUCGAAAACAACUCUACAAUUAGCUGAGAAACCCUUAGGUAUGGGAAGAGAUACUAUUCUAUGUGACAUUUCCACGAGUACUCCUCGCCCCAUCGUGCCUAAAAGUUAUCGCCGUAACGUCUUCAAUACGUUGCAUGGCUUAUCUCACCCAGGUAUUCGAACUACUGUCAAGCUCGUAACUAGUCGGUUUUGUUGGCCUGGCAUUAAUAAAGAAGUAAGGGAAUGGGCACACACGUGCUUAGCUUGUCAAAAGUGCAAGGUGAUAAGACACACCAAAAGCCCACUUGGCACCUUUCUUCUCCCUGACGCUCGUUUCGAACACGUCCAUAUAGAUUUGGUUGGACCCCUUCCUGAAUCACAUGGAUAUACCUAUAUUUUAACUUGCAUCGAUCGAUUCACACGAUGGCCGGAAGCAGUACCCAUCAAGGACGUAUCUGCUGAAACAGUCGCACGCGUCUUCGUAGAAAGAUGGAUCGCUAACUUUGGAUGCCCAUCUUCCAUAACAACUGAUCGCGGGCGGCAAUUCGAAAGUGGCUUAUUCUUCGCCCUGACUAAAAUCAUAGGUUGCAUGCGAUUUCGAACAACAGCCUACCAUCCUCAAGCUAAUGGUAUGGUAGAACGUCUACACAGACAGCUGAAAGCUGGUCUGUCAGCUGCAAACACCACCCAUUGGACUGAAUCCCUUCCGUUAGUUCUCCUAGGGAUACGAAACGCCUUGAAAACCGAUGCUGGUUGUACUAGCGCCGAGCUAGUAUAUGGCACGACACUGCGACUGCCUGGUGAAUUUGUUUCUCCCUCGAGCUUCCCACCAGUGGUAGAUCACGCUUCAUACGUCAGCAGGCUUACAAACGCAAUGCGUUCAGUUAAACCUGCUCCCCUUCGUCCACAGUCCAUUGAUGUUUUCGUUCAUCCGUGUUUGAAAACUUCUUCACAUGUAUUUGUUCGUCGCGACUCUGUGCGCAGACCCCUGGAACCCCCAUAUGACGGACCUUAUAAGGUAAUUAAACGUUCUGAUAAAUUCUUUGUCUUGGACAAAAACGGCCGCGAGGACACCGUCAGCAUUGACCGUCUGAAACCGGCUUACUUGGAGGGUAAUCCUAUUAGCAUAGAGCUGAACGUACCCCAAAAUCCACAAGUAACAGAAGAUCGUUUAGACAUCGAUGAAGUCACUAGCACAGCGACAGCUACCGAACCUUCUAUCGAGCCUCCCAAGAAAACCCGUUCUGGACGCACCGUAAGGUUCCCAGAAUAUCUGCACACUUAUUUGACUUAACGAAGUCGUGUGAUUCACGC